GUUUGAAUUGCAGACUGGGGAAAAGCCAUGUGAAGCUGAGAAGUAGAGAGCAAAGUAUUCACACACGGAAGCAAUACUUUUCACUUGUGUAUAUGCCCAUUCCUCUUGCAAAAGGAAGUCGAAACACUGCAUCAAGAAACGUAUCCUUGGAAGAGAAUAACAGAUGAUUCGAGAGAGUUCCCUGGAAACAAAAUGAAGUUUGACGACAUUCUGGAGACACUGGGCGAUUUUGGUCCAUCCCAGAGACGUCUGUACAUUCUCCUUAGCCUCCCCGCCAUCCAGAAUGCUGUCAUCGGUAUGGUCAUCUUUGUGUUCCUCUUUGCUGUGCCAGAACAUAGAUGUGCAAUACCCGGAUUGAAAAAUGAUACCUUCCAGAUUCAAAACGAGGCUCAUGCUGAUCUCAUCAACAGGACAAUACCGUUUGUUAAUGAUAACCAUGGCGACCUAACUCAAUCAUCGUGCGAUAUAUAUUCGAUGUCUGAUAAUGCAUCAUCCCACAAUUUGAGUACCAUCACUGAACCAUGUCAUAAGUGGAAAUAUGAUAAAAGCGUUUAUCAGUCAACUGUUACCCAAACAAUGGACCUUGUGUGUGACCGGAAGCUGUACGUAAGUCACGCCAAGAUGAUGGCCAUGGUAGGGCAACUGGUUGGAGUUCUUAUUGGAGGCCCCAUGUCCGACAUGUUCGGACGGCGGAGAGUAAUCCUGACCAGCACAUUUGUCGCAGUUCUUCUGAGCAUCUGUCUCGCCUUGAUUACUAACUACUACCUGAUCAUCACAGUAAUUUUAGUCAUAGCAGCAACCAACAACGUGCAGUACCUCUCGUGUUUCGUGUUCAGUAUGGAAUGUGUCGGUCCCUCCAAACGAAUGCUGGUAGGAGUGGCUAUGAAUCUCUUCUGGAGUGUAGGGAACAUCAUUGUUGCUCUGACGGUCUACCUGAUGCGUGACUGGAAAACAAGACAACUUGUGAUUAGCAUUCCUGGAGUUCUUUUUGCCUAUCUGUAUUUCCUGCCCGAUUCCCCAAGGUGGCAGUAUAGAAGAGGGAAGACUGCAGAAGCAAACACAACUGUGAUGAAACUGGCAAAGGGAAACAACGUUAGCCUCACUCAAGACAUGCUUGAUGAUGUCACAUGUACUCUCGAUACGCGGCAGGAACAGUUCUGGGAAUUACUGAAGUCACCUGUCAUGUUGAAGAGGACGUUGAUUGUAUUAUACACCUGGCUUGCAAUUGGUAUGGGGUUCUUUGGUCUCAGCAUGAACGUCACAAACCUCUCGGGAAACGUCUACCUCAACUUCUUACUGUUUGCUCUGGUCGAGGCAUGUGCAUAUGUCAUAUGUCUUCUCCUGAUGGACCGCAUUGGGCGAAAGAAAAUGUUGUGCACCGCUAUGCUGAUGGCAGGAUUGGCAUGUUCUCUGUCGUUUGUUCCGUUCUUUGUCACAGAAAAACCUAACAAGUGGGUCAUCAACAUUCUUGCGUGUCUGGGUAAUACUUGUGUAUCAGCCGGAUUUGCCUCCGUUUAUGUCUUCACUGCAGAGCUGCUGCCGACAACUUCACGAAACUUUGGCAUGGGACUUUGUUCUGUGUUUUGUAGAGUUGGCAGUAUAUCUUCACCAUACAUAAAUGAUCUGACAAUGCACAUAACAGGUAGAUACAGCCAGAUUCUACCCAUGUUGGUUUUCGGGGGUGUUGCUUUCCUUGCUGGACUUCUGGUUCUGCUUCUGCCAGAAACACUGAACAAAAAGCUUCCAGAAACAAUCAAGGAUGCCGAGAAACUCGGAACGAAUGUAACUGCUGAAAACAGACCUACUCCAGCACAAGACCUGCGUCUCCUUGAAAGGGAAUGUGACAACAAUACAACUGCAAGAGCUUGACUUCAGGAUCGAGGGCAUCCAUCUAUUUGCGGAAGCAAUGUUGGUUAAAUGCAGGAUAAAGUACUUGGCUUUUGUGGAAUGUUCCGAUGAAUUUUGCUUCGUGUAGAAAAAGUCAAACUGUGUUUUGUAAUCGCUUAUAGACCUGCCAAAUACUUUCCUUUAGUCUUAAAAAUAUUGAUAUGAAUCAUCCAUGUUGUACAAUAUCUAUUAAACAUAUUUUGUAAAGAAACAGAACUGCGUCAUCAGCAUACAACAGUACAAACAUAGUUAUACACCUUCACAAAAGUCAUUAGUGAGUUAUGAUUCAAGGUCAUUUGAGGUCCAUGCAAACAAAAGAUUGACUGGUAGUCUUUAAAUUGAAACAUGGUUAAAUAUGGAAGCAUUUGCCAGAUAUAUUAUUUGUAAUAACUUUUGCCAAAGACCAGACCACCAGAGUCUAUCGAAAACGUUUUCAAAAUCCAUUAUUUCAAGCUUUAUUUUAUAUAAGCUAUAAAAGGUACAUAUUAGGUCGAUCGUACUUAUCCUUUUGUAACUCCUGCUUCCUGUUUCAAUAAAAUUGUAUAAGCGUUUAGUUACAACAGAAGUUAAGUUGAUUGGUCUGUAAAUUUAGAUCCCCUGUAUUAUGUUAACCAUUGUUCAGGUAUCAAGAACGCCUUUGGAAAGUUUAACAUUCAUAUUCAUUCAUAUUCAUGAACAUAUAAUUGGUGGUUGAAAACUUCCGUUGUUAUGAAGUCUCAGAGCUUUGUUAUUUUUUAGGUUGGUCCAAUAUUUGUUACUUGUCAUCACAUUGUUUAGUGAUCUGCUUUCUCCCGCUUUAAGAGCAUUAAAAUGAUCAAACCCAAAGUCAUCAUCUGCCGAUUAUUAGCUUUUGCGUUUGGAUAAAAUAAAUAAUGAUUCAGU